CCCGCCUUCAACAUCCCGCCUUCAAAACUUCACUCGCGCCGCAGAAGCAACAUCACUCACAACUUGACCUCAGCCGCCGUCCGUCACAACUAAACUUCAAGCCCCGCCUACCCUCACACCGACCCAGAUACCACUCACAUCAUGACCACUGCGGCACCCGAAGCGUCCCUCAACGCCCUUCCCCGGGCGGAUGGAUCGGCCAGAUACUCGUAUGCUGGGUACACGGUCACGGCCUCAGUCAAUGGACCCAUUGAGGCUCAGCGCCGGGAUGAACACGCUUAUGAGGCUCACGUUGAUGUUAUCGUACGACCCGCUGCUGGGGUAGGAGGAACACGAGAGCGCCAUCUGGAAUCCAUCCUGCAGUCCUCUCUUUCUCAAAUCAUCCUCGUCAAGAACUUCCCCCGCUCCGUCAUUCAGAUUGUUCUUCAAAUUGAGAGCAUACCUGAAAAUGCUUACGUCAACACAAAGCUGGUGCAGGCCAGUUUGAACCUCCCCAUAAUCCCGGCCUUGUUCCAGACUGCCGUUCUCGCUCUCUUGUCGGCUACCGUGCCAAUGAAGGCAACCGCCACGUCCACGGUCGUUGCUGUGGUAUCCGAAGACGGUUCGAAGAAGAUUGUGGCCGAUCCCUCUCCCAAGGAUAUCGGAGAGGCCACCUCGCUACACGUCCUUGCUUUUACCUCCCACGACGAACUUCUUCUUUCAGAAAGCGAAGGCGACUUCACCGUCAAGGAGUGGGAUGACGUGUACGAAAGGGCCCAAACGAUUUGCUGCCAGUCUGCCUCAAAGCAGGCAGAUAUCGAUAUGAUGCUUGAUGGUGAUACGUCCGGUCCAGAUAUGCGCCAUUUCCUUCGGUCGGCGCUGGAGACCAAGGUAGCAUCCGACCUCUACUGGAAGUGAAGCUACAUUCGGUCUUGGACUGUCUGCUCGCAUCUCGUGCGUUUCAAAAGCUGAAGGGUUGAGCAUUCGGCUCGUGGUGUUUCCGGAAUGAGAACCCAUAGGCCUUUUCGCCGGUUGACGGGACAAGUGCAGCUUGCAAUGCGACUCGAGAAUCCUUGACGCCGUGGAAAAAAGCCAG